AUGAGACGCGAAUACCUACUCCUCGAGACCCUUCCUUCCUGGGCGCGCCUGAACGGCAUCACGACCAAUGGCGUCGCGUUCCGGAAGCUCGCGCCGACAGACGAAGGCGACGACAAGGGGACUGCGAUUGUCGCGACAGAGGAGAGGGUGAAUGCGACUGAAGAGGGAGAUGGGGGUUCCGGGGAAGUUCUGCUGAGCGUGCCGUCUGAUAUGGUCCUUUCGCUUCAGGCGGUUGAGGCGCAUGCGAAGUCAGAUCGGCAUUUGAGGGAGGUGCUGGAUGCGGUAGGGGAGUUUGGGAGGACCGCGCGCGGCGCAAUCCUGAUCUUCUUGAUCAUGCAAAUCACACAUUCGAGUCCGGACUUCAGCUCCGAGUCGCAUAAGAUCGGGGUAUCGAAUCCCUGGUCCGAAUACGUCAAGUACAUGCCGGCGUCGAUCACGUUGCCUACGUUCUACACGGAGGAAGAGCUGGAGCUGCUCCGGGGUACUUCUCUCCGGUUAGCGAUCGAUGCGAAGGCUAUCUCUCUCGAAAAAGAGUUUGAGCAUCUGCGUAAGUCCACGGAGAGUAUAUCCUGGUGCGAGAAGUUGUGGUGGGAUGAGGAAACCGGGAGAUUUACGUUCGAUGACUGGCGCUAUGUCGAUGCCGUGUACCGAUCGCGCAUGGUCGAUUUACCGAGCAGUGGCCACGCGAUGGUUCCCUGCGUUGAUAUGGCAAAUCAUGCAUCGGAUGAUGCGGUGAAGGCGCUGUAUGACGAAGAUGUUGAGGGGAAUGCCGUUCUGCGGUUGCGUUGGGGCAAGAAGAUGAAUGCUGGCGAUGAGGUUACCAUAUCUUAUGGCAACGAGAAACCAGCGUCGGAGAUGGUUUUCUCGUACGGAUUUCUUGAUCCCGAACAAACGACGGCCAAUCAGGUCUUCGUCGAUCUUGAUAUCCCCAAUGACGAUCCGUUGAAGAUGGCAAAGAUGGCGUUCUACAAGGAUGCGCCAGGUGUUCGGAUACUAUCGCCUCCUGCAGAUUCAGAAACUCAGAGCACCAGCUGGGACAGCCCAUUUGUUUGGUGGGCUUGCGUCAACGAGGAAGAUGGCCUCGAUUUUAACGUGCUGCAAACCAAUGACGGCGGGCGAGAGCUGAGAGCUAGUUGGAAAGGCGAAGAAGUGGACCUCUCCGGGGAUCUCAGAAACUGCUUAGCUUCGGACCCCCUAUGGGAUUUAUUCCAGCUGCGAGCCGUAGUGACAAUCCUGGAUCGGCUGGAAACCCAAUUUUUUACGCUUCAGCAGACCCAAGCGAUGAUUGCGGAGAUCAGGCAAGACGAGAGUAUGCGAGAAAUCUUCAGGCCUGACGUGUUUGGUACGGUGAUGAGACUGCGGGAUUUAGAAGUGAAGAUGUUGGAGAAGGCGAUCGGGGACCUCGCGAAACAGAGAGACGAUUUGAUGACCAUAGAGACGGUCAGCGCUUAUCUCAGCAGCCAACAGUCAGGCGAUAUCGAAGAAGAUUUCUCGUGA